AUGGGACGGCAGACAACCCUAGGAAAAUACAUCGAUAUGCCUCCGGGAAAGAAAGCGCCGCCACAGCAGUCGAAUCUGUCGGAUAUGUGGGGCAAGAAGAGAGAGAUUAAGUCAGAGGUCCAUGGUGAAGAGGCGAAGGUGACUGCGAAGGAGAAGAAGGGGAAGGCGUCUACAGUGGCCGAGGAGGAUGAACCUAUGGCCGAGGAUGCAGUGAAACCUACAUUCAAAGUAUCCACUUCAAAGUCUGCAUAUGGAGGGGCACAUGCUACCGCAAAGCGCCCUGCGGUCGAGGAAGAGGACAAGGGUGCACCUGAACCUUCUUCCCGCUCACAUUCACCACUUCCUGGCGAAGGAGGCAAAGUCGGUCCCCCCAAGAAGCGCAAGAAGCAAGCCGCCAAAUCUGUUGCGCCCGUCGAUCCCACUUCAUCACCUGUGACGGAAGCAACAACCUUGGACUCGGAUUCCGACGCGGACAUUGCGCCAAAGCGACUGACCAAACGCAAGAGAAUAGCCGUAGCAGAAGAGGAAGAUGAAGAUGACGCUGUAACUGCCCCGGCGUCUUCCAGCCCUCCACCAACCGCUGCAGAAGAAGAGGAUGAGGAGAUGGCUGACGGGGAUGAGGGAGAGUCCGAGAUUGAGCAGGUAGAGAAUAAGAAGGGAGCGACGAAGAGUGCGGAGACCGCUCUGGACAGACGCAAGGAGGUUGAUGUCAAAGGCGGUUGGAAAGUCGGCGUUCCCGUUCCUUACGCUGCUUUAGCCAAAGCCUUCUCACUCAUCGAGGCGACCACAAAACGUUUAGAAAAGACGUCUUUGCUUACAGCUCUCUUUCUGCUCGUCAUCGAGCGUAGCGCCGAAGGAGAUCACGACUCACUCCUGAAAGUCGUAUAUCUUUGUAUCAACCGCCUAUGUCCAGAUUAUGUCGGUAUCGAGCUCGGCAUAGGCGAAAGCCUACUGGUCAAAGCGAUCUGUGAGUCAACCGGGCGCAAGCUGGCGGCAGUGAAGGAUUCGUUGAAGAAAGAAGGUGACCUUGGGCUGGUCGCGGCUGCUUCCAAGGACAUGCAGAAGACUCUGUUCAAACCCAAACCGUUGACCGUUCCCUUCGUGUUCACGCAUUUGAAGGAGAUCGCAACAACGGCUGGCAAUGCUUCGCAAACUAAGAAGGUUUCGAUCAUAACCAAGCUCCUCGCCGCAUGCCAAGGAGAUGAGGCGAAAUACAUCGUACGCAGUCUCGAGGGAAAGCUUCGUAUCGGCAAUGCGGAGCGUACUGUCAUCGUGGCCCUGGCACACGCUGCUGUUCUUGCUGAGCAGUCGAAAUCUGGGAAGACUUGGUCGACGGACAAACUUGCUUCUCGGCUUGAAGAGGGCGCGAACAUCGUGAAGUCAGUUUAUAGUGAACUGCCUACGUACGACGAGGUUGUCCCGGCCUUGCUCAAGCACGGCGUACGCAACCUCAAGGACGUAUGCAAGCUGACACCGGGUGUGCCCCUCAAGCCUAUGCUGGCAAAGCCGACCAAGGCCAUCGGGGAGGUGCUCGACCGCUUCGAGGGUCGUCGGUUCACAUGCGAGUACAAAUAUGAUGGCGAGCGCGCACAGGUGCAUCUGCUUCCCAACGGGAGUGUCGCGGUCUUCAGUCGCAACUCGGAGGAUAUGAGCAAGAAGUACCCGGAUCUUGUCGAACAAUUACCAAACUGUUUCAAGGAGUCGACCAAGUCGUUCGUGCUUGACGCCGAGGCGGUCGCUAUCGACAAGACGACAAAGAAGUUAUUGCCGUUCCAGGAGCUGAGUAAGCGCAAACGCAAGGAUGUCAAGGUUGAGGACAUUCAAGUCCGCGUAUGUCUGUUCGGCUUCGACCUGUUGUAUCUGAACGGCGAGCCUCUCCUGCACAAGACUCUCGCGGAGCGCCGUGAACUUCUGAGGGAGCACUUCAAAGAAGUCGAUUGCGAGUUUGCGUUCGCGAAAAGUAUGGACAACGAGGCGGUCGAGGAGAUUCAAGUCUUCUUGAACGAGAGCGUCAAGGAUGGCUGCGAGGGAUUGAUGGUCAAGAUGAUGGAGAGCGAUGCUAGUCACUAUACACCUAGCCAGCGUUCAGUCAACUGGCUCAAGAUCAAGAAAGACUAUCUCGCUGGCGUCGGAGACAGUCUCGACCUUGUCGUUGUUGGCGCAUAUAUCGGCAAGGGCAAACGCACGAACGUCUAUGGCGCUUUCUUGCUCGCAUGUUAUAACUCUGAUGCGGAAGAGUAUCAAACCAUCUGCAAAAUUGGUACAGGUUUCUCCGAAGAGGCUCUAGCAUCGCACUACGAGACGCUUAAGCCUCUGGAGAUGUCGAAGCCGCGCGGCGACAUCAACGUCGGCGGCGCGAAGCCCGAUGUCUGGUUCGAACCGAAGAUCGUCUGGGAAGUGUUGGCUGCCGAUCUCAGUCUUAGUCCCGUGUACACCGCAGCGAUGGGGCUAGCUGGUGAACGUGGUAUCUCGCUCCGUUUUCCUCGAUUCAUUCGAGUACGAGACGACAAGGAUGCCGAUGAUGCGACAGGCUCCGAACAGGUUGCCGAAAUGUAUGAGCGACAAGCUUUGACCCAAGGAGGUGGCAAGAAGAAGCGCGGAGGUGGGGAUGACGAUGCAGACGACGGGUUCUGGUAG